UUAAUGGGCUUGGUGGUGAUUAUCGUAACAAUUUUGGGCCAAAAAUGUGAUUUUUUACCAUUUUUUCCCAAAAUAUUAAUUGCACCAAAAUACAUUUUUCUCCAUAUUUCAAAAAUCCUUUUCAGUAAUGCAUUGAAACUUUCCAGAAAACUGCCCAUAUGUAUGGUUAAUAUUGUAUGAAGAGGACAAGUUCAUUGGUUUUCUAACAAUAAAGUUAUAGUGCUCCAAACUUAAAAUUUUGAUAUUAGCUAAAACAGCAUUUUGUACAUUACACACAGGCUUUCUCCCGCUAUACGUUUAACUUGCGUCGGCUUUGCGAACCUCGUUUCACCAUGUGUGUGGUAUCAUAUUAAAGGGAAUUAAAUUCUCUACAAGAUGAUACCACAUUUAAUGGGCUUGGUGAUGAUUUGCAUAACAAUUUUGGGCAAAAAAUGUGAUUUUUGACAAUUUUUUCCCAAAAUAUGAAUUGCGCAAAAAUACAUAUUUCUCCAUAUUUCAAAAAGUCUCCCGCUAUACCUUUAACUUGCGUCGGCUUUGCAACCUUGCGUGACGGGUUUGCACGUCUUGAAGAUGUUGUUUGAAAAAGACAUCACUGCCACUCAUAAGUUACAGAUGAUUCAGAAGUCCCAUGAACAGUUAUCAGCCCUGCAGGAACAGAUGAUGCUUUUCCAAGAAUCACUGGUUGAGCAACCAACAUCAAUUUUCUGGUCCAUCUUCCUGGAGAUGUCAGACAUUCUUCACAGGUUUAUUUACUACCAGCGAGAAGCUGACUGGGUAUGAGUAGGACAUCUCUCUGAAUCAUCACGAAUGCUAUCUUACCUCACAGCAGCCGGGCACUACAGAUAUGGGCAGCGGUCUUUGCCUCCCUAUCUGGCUGAGAUGAAGAAACUACCUGAAACAGCCCCAGAUGUACAUGAAGCACUAAUAGCAGGUGCAUUUGUCGGGAGGAGAGCAGAUGGCAAGCAUAAUAGUGUCUCUCCUGACAUGCUUCUGGAACAGACUUACAAUGCAGAUGCCAAGGAAGCGAGUGGUCUGGAUGGCCUUACACUAAACCCUGCCACACGGAUGAAAUGGGUUUACACAAAACCCAUCACUGCUGCUGUCUCUGCAGAGUUGAAAUUGAUGCUACAUCUUCAUUCAUCCAGCCCUCACCAUGAAUCUGGUGUAAGUCGAGUCACAAGGGAUGCAGAGAUGGGGAUCAAGGUAAUGGCAGCAGUCGAGACGAAUCCAUUUGGUGCAACCACAACAUCCCUGAUAAAUAUAGCAACUGGACAAUGCGCUGAUUGCAACGUUAAGAACAACCUUACCAGUGUGAACAAACUGGGUCUGGAGGCACUGUCUCAGUCACUGACCAGUGAUCAGAAGAAGCCAAGUACUGUGAAGGUGAACAC